GCGGGUGGGGCCGGAGGCGGCGGGAGUCCCGGCUGCUAGCUGUGCACCUGAGAGCCGACGCCCGGGUCCGCGAAGCUGCACCCGCCGCUGUCCCCGCCGCCAUGAACCGCUUCAAGGUAUCCAAGUUCCGGCACACGGAGGCUCGGCCGCCCCGCCGCGAGGCCUGGAUCAGUGACAUUCGAGCAGGCACUGCCCCUUCAUAUGGGAACCAUAUCAAAGCCAGCUGCAGCUUAAUUGCAUUCAACUCUGACCGUCCAGGUGUACUGGGCAUUGUACCUCUGGAAAGCCAGGGAGAGGACAAGAGACAGGUGACCCACCUGGGCUGCCAUUCAGACCUGGUCACAGACUUGGACUUUUCCCCCUUCGAUGACUUCCUCCUGGCCACGGCCUCAGCCGACAGGACGGUGAAAGUGUGGCGACUGCCGGCAUCUGGCCAGGCUCUGCCCUCGGGGCCCGGGCUGUUGCUGGGCCCUGAGGACGCCCAGGUGGAGGUGCUGCAGUUCCACCCCACCGCCGACGGUAUCCUGCUGAGCACGGCGGGCAGGGCCGCCAAGGUCUGGGAUGCCACCAAGCAGCAGCCCCUCACAGAGCUGGCGACCCAUGGGGACCUGGUGCAGGGUGCUGCCUGGAGCCGGGAUGGAGCCCUGCUGGGCACGACAUGCAAGGACAAGCAGCUGCGGAUCUUCGACCCCAGAGCAAAGCCUGAGGCUGCCCAGAGCACGCCGGCCCAUGAGAACAGCAGGGAUGGCCGACUGGUCUGGACAGGCACCCAGGAGCACCUCGUGUCCACUGGCUUCAACCAGAUGCGAGAGCGUGAAGUCAAGCUCUGGGACACCCGGCUCUUCUCCACUGCCCUCACCUCGCUCACCCUGGACACCUCUCCCAGGUCUCUGAUGCCCCUGCUGGACCCAGACUCGGGGCUCCUGGUCCUGGCAGGAAAGGGAGAAAACCAGCUCUACUGCUAUGAGGCGGCCCCCCAGCAGCCAGCGCUGAGCCCGGUGACCCAGUGCCUCCUGGAGAGUGCGCUGCGGGGGGCGGCACUUGUGCCCCGGCGGGCACUGGCCGUCAUGAGCUGCGAGGUGCUGCGAGUGCUGCAGCUGAGUGACACGGCCAUCAUGCCCAUCAGCUACCACAUACCCCGCAAGACCAUGGAGUUCCACGAAGACCUGUUCCCGGACACCGCAGGCUGUGUGCCCGCCUCCGACCCCAGCACCUGGUGGGCAGGGAGCGACCAGCAGGUGCAGAGGGUCAGCCUGCACCCCGCCCGCCGGGCCCACCCCAGCUUCACUUCCUGCCUGGCACUCCCUGCAGAGCCCACUCCUGCCACAGCCCGGCCCGCGGGGACACCUGUGGGCGACGCGGACCCCAGCGAGGGCUUUUCCUCCCCACCCAGCUCGCUGACCUCACCCUCCACGCCCUCCAGCCUGGGGCCCUCACUCACUAGCACCAGCGGCAUCGGCACCAGCCCCAGCCAGCGGUCCCUGCAGAGCCUGCUGGGCCCCAGUUCCAAGUUCCGGCAUGCUCAGGGCACCGUCCUGCACCGAGACAACCACAUCACCAACCUCAAGGGGCUCAACCUCACGACGCCCGGCGAGAGUGAUGGCUUCUGUGCCAACCAGCUGCGUGUGGCUGUGCCCCUGCUCAGCAGCGGGGGGCAAGUGGCCGUGCUGGAGCUACGGAAGCCUGGCCGUCUGCCUGACACUGCACUGCCCACGCUGCAGAAUGGGGUGGCUGUGACCGAUCUGGCCUGGGAUCCCUUUGACCCCUACCGCCUCGCCGUGGCCGGGGAGGACGCCAGGAUCCGGCUGUGGCGGGUGCCCCCCGAGGGCCUGCAGGAGGUGCUCACUACGCCCGAGGCAGUACUCACAGGCCACACGGAGAAGAUCUAUUCUCUGCGCUUCCACCCACUGGCGGCCGACAUACUAGCCUCCUCCUCCUACGACCUCACCAUUCGGAUUUGGGACCUCAAGGUCGGAGCCGAGCGGCUGAGGCUGCAGGGCCACCGGGAUCAGAUCUUUGGGCUGGCCUGGAGCCCCAAUGGGCAGCAGCUGGCCACUGUCUGCAAAGAUGGGCGCUUGCGGAUCUACGAGCCCCGGGGUAGCCCUGAGCCCCUGCAGGAAGGCCCAGGGCCCGAGGGGGCCCGUGGAGCCCGCGUUGUGUGGGUGUGUGACGGUCACUAUCUCUUGGUGUCAGGCUUUGACAGCCGAAGCGAGCGCCAGCUCCUCCUGUACUCAGCCAAGGCCCUGGCUGGUGGCCCCUCCGCAGUGCUGGGGCUGGACGUGGCUCCCUCGACCCUGCUGCCCAGCUAUGACCCGGACACCAGCCUGGUGCUGCUCACGGGCAAGGGUGAUACCCGCGUGUUCCUGUACGAGCUGCUCCCCGAGGCCCCCUUCUUCCUGGAGUGCAACAGCUUCACAUCGCCGGAUCCCCACAAGGGAUUCAUCCUCCUGCCCAAGACAGAGUGUGACGUGCGGGAGGUGGAGUUUGCCCGAUGCCUGCGACUUCGCCAGACCUCCCUGGAGCCUGUCGCCUUCCGGCUGCCCCGAGUCAGGAAAGAAUUCUUCCAGGAUGACGUGUUCCCCGACACCACCAUGAGCUGGGAGCCGGCGCUCAGCGCUGAGGCCUGGCUGGGAGGUGCUAACGGGACGCCCCAGCUUCUCAGCCUGCAGCCCCCCGGCAUGACCCCAGUGAGCCAGGCCCCCCGUGAAGCCCCUGCCCGGCGGGCCCCCUCCUCAGUCUACCUGGAGGAGAAGUCAGACCAGCAGAAGAAAGAAGAGCUUCUGAGCGCCAUGGUGGCGAAACUAGGGAACCGGGAGGAUCCGCUCCCACAGGACUCCUUUGAAGGCGUGGAUGAGGACGAGUGGGUGAGUGGACUGGUUGUGGGGCCAGCAUCCUGUCCUGUCCCUCCCCGACUCACGCCUGCAGCCUGCUCACCCAUGCCUGCCUCCUGGGCCCUCCCGACUCCCCUCCCUGCUUCUUGGUUCAUCUCCCCAGGACUAGCCUGCGCACCAGCCGCCUCUAGCCUCACCCUCCACUGCCACCUCCAGGAAAGCCUGGUGCCCCCGUGCACCUCACAUCUCUCCCUCAAACUGGAAGCCACCUCCUGGCCCUGGCACACCUCAUCCCAGAAGCCCUGGCUUCCUUUGAGUCUUGGGCAUUUCCACGGCCUCUGGGCUCUGCUGCAGUCUCCAUGGAUUGUCUGCAUCUCUGCUCUUUCUGGAACUGGGCGCUUCGCCUCACUGCCUGCUAGCAUGCGGAGCCAGGGGCAUGGGGUGGGGAGGGGUGAGGGCUCAGGGGCAUGUCCCUGGGCAGGCUCUGGGCUCCCUGUCCCCCCUUCCUCUGACCUGGGCUGGUCCCAGCUUGGGCUGGCUUCGCUCAGCACCUUCAGUUAUCACAUGCCGUCCCAUCUGGCCUGCUGCCCCAGUUCCGGUCAAGGGUCUAGGGGGCUGGCCCCUCCACCUGGCCAUUUGGAGCAGCUCCAGCCUCAGGGGUCUGGGACCAGUCACCCUGCUUCCCAAACUUGAAGCCAGGAGAAAUGGGUGUCACAGAGCUAAUAGCCCAAUUAAAGGGGGUGUGAGCCCCACAGGGGCUGGCCUGCACGUGUCCUGGAUGUUUUCAACAAUUAAACUUUUCUAAGCUGGUCA